UGUGGAUGAGUGUGCCCUCCAGAGCAGCUGUCUGGGGGGCGAGUGCAGGAACACCGCAGGCUCCUACCAGUGCCUCUGCCCCACGGGCUUCCGGCUGGCCAAUGGCACCACGUGCGAGGAUGUGGAUGAGUGUAUGGGAGAGGAGCAUUGUGCACCGCGAGGCGAGUGCCUCAACACCCAUGGGUCCUUCUUCUGCCUCUGUGCACCCGGCUUCACUAGCACAGAGCAGGGCGCCGACUGCCAGGACGUGGACGAGUGUGCAGACACUGACCGGUGUCUGGGAGGACGCUGUGUCAACUCCGACGGCUCCUUCAGCUGUCUGUGCAACACUGGUUUCCAGCUGUCCCCAGAGAGUGGGGAGUGUGUGGACAUCGAUGAGUGUGAGAGCUAUGGAGACUCUUUGUGUGACAUGUGGAGGUGUGAGAACAGCCCCGGGUCCUACCGCUGUGUCCGGGGCUGCCAGCCUGGCUUCCACAUGGCCCCGACCGGAGACUGCAUUGAUGUGAACGAGUGUGAGCUCAUGCUGGCCGUGUGCGGGGCGGCGCUGUGUGAGAACGUGGAGGGUUCCUUCCUGUGCCUCUGCCCCAGUGACUCGGAGGAGUAUGACACCCAGGAGGGCCGCUGCCGGCCACGUGCAGCUGGGGGCCAGAGCAGUCCUAAGACCCCGCCAGGAGCCCACCACCCAGGAUCCAUCCGCAUGGAGUGCUAUGCUGAAGGGAGAGGCCUGCCACCCUGCUCCACCCUAUUGGGUCAAAACACCACACGGGCUGAGUGCUGCUGCACCCAGGGGUCCAGCUGGGGGGAUGCCUGUGACCCCUGCCCAGCUGAAGACACCGCCGAGUUCAGUGAGCUCUGCCCCAGUGGGAAAGGCUACAUUCCUGUGGAAGGAGCCUGGGAGUUUGGACAGACAACAUACGGAGAUGCGGAUGAGUGUGUGAUGUUUAGGUCUGGCCUCUGCUCAAACGGCCGGUGUCUCAACACAGCUCCUGGCUACAUGUGUCUGUGCAGUGCUGGCUACCGCUAUGACACCUCCCGCAGGCAGUGUGAGGAUCAGGACGAGUGUGAGGAUGUGUCCUGUGAGGAUGGCGAGUGUGUCAACACAGAAGGCUCUUUUCACUGUUUCUGCAGCCCCCCGCUCACCCUGGACCUCAGCGGGCAGCGCUGCGUGAACAGCACCAGCAGUGCAGGGGACCUGCCCGACCACGAUAUCCACAUGGACGUCUGCUGGAGGACGGUCACCCAGGACGUGUGCAGCCAGGCCCUGCACGGGCGCCAGACCACCUACACAGAGUGCUGCUGCCAGGGUGGUGGGGCCUGGGGCCAGCAGUGUGCUCUGUGCCCCCCCAGGAGUUCCGAGGUCUAUGCUCAGCUGUGCAACGUGGCCCGGAUUGAAGCUGAGAGAGAGGCUGGAGUCCACUUCCGGCCUGGUUAUGAGUAUGGCCCUGGGCCAGAGGACCUGCACUACAGCCUCUAUGGCCCAGACGGGGCCCCCUUCUACAAUUACCUGGGGGCUGAGGACACUGGCCCUGAGCCUCCCUCCCCCCACUCAGCCGGCCACACCGGGGACCCCACCCCCGUCCUCCAGCCUCCUCUGCCACCCUCAGGGCUUCAGCCUCCCUACAUGGCCAGGCGCCCAGAGCCCCAGGCUGGCUUUGAAGGACUCCAAGCAGAGGAGUGUGGUGUCCUGAACGGCUGUGAGAAUGGCCGCUGUUUGCGCGUGCAGGAGGGCUACACCUGCGAUUGCUUUGAUGGCUUCCAGCUGGACGCGGCCCACAUGGCCUGUGUGGAUGUGAAUGAGUGUGAUGACCUGAGUGGACCUGCCGCUCUCUGUGCUCAUGGUCGCUGUGAGAACACCGAGGGCUCCUUCCGAUGCCUCUGUGGCCCGGGUUAUGUGGCCGCAGCAGGCCCCCCACACUGCAUCCCCAAAGAACAACAGAGGGGGCCCGUUAUGGAGAGCUACCUGGAAAGGGAACCAGGCCAUAGGCGGGGGCCUUAAGGCAGCUUUCCCGGCUGUGAAGACCGUGUGAAGACAUUAGCAGGACACCCUGCAGCCCAGCUCACAGCCAGCCCUGCCCGCGUCUCCUCUCUCAGCUUAGGCUCUGUUUGCCUGCAGUUCCUUUAAGUCACUGUGCAUGUGUUUGGCAUAAGCACCACCAAAUGCUUUACUACUUCAGCCAGAAGGCACAGGGCCCUGUCUCCCAUCUGUCCUGGCCCUGGCAUGGAGCAACAAUGAAAGGAUGACCUUGAAUCACCCCUUCAAGCCCUGCAGAUGUGCAGUAUCUCCUGGCUUCAUGUUGCACACAGCCUUCCAAGUGUGGCCUGUUGGUUUCACAGUGGAUCAGAGGUGGCUUCUGCCCUAGGAGGGUCCUUCAAGAAAUCCACAGAGCCAAAAGCGGUGGAACUGAUCAUUGCCCCUCAGUCAAUCUGUCCUGUGUCAUGAGUUUGACACAGCUCCAUCCUGUACCCAGUUCUUUAGUCCUGGGAUGAGACAGAAUGUCGAUUUCUGUUUGAGAACACGCCUGCCACCAGCCUGCUGAGUGUGAGAGACACAGAUUCUGAGAAAGCAGGGAAAUGAAAAGUAGGAGGAGCUGAUGAAAGGAAACCAUGCAAACCUAAAGAAAACAGUGGCUCUGGGUAAAGAAAUAUUCAACAUCCGUCACAGCACGGGCUGCCACAAGACAGAGUGCCCGUCUCUGAAGACCUAGUAGUUUAUCUGAGAGCCAUGACACAGCUCAGCUCUUGUUUGUGAUGUUGCUGAGGAUUGAACCUGGGGUGUCAGGACGUAGGAACACAGGUCUUUUGCAGAACCAUUAUGCUGUCACUCCAGCUCUAUUGUUUCUUACAGGAAGCACACCUCUCCCUGGCCCUCCUUUUGUGGAGACCAGUGUGAUGAGCUGAAAAGUCAAAAGGGAACUAAGUGCAGCCCUGCUUACAGGACACCAGACCUCCACUGCUGCUUCUCCUCUCCUCUCCCCUCAGAAACCUUCUUUCCUUCACAGUGUCUCGCUGCAGGCCCACUGAGCUGACAAAUUCUGCCUUUGCUAGCUGGGACUUUAGAACCACAAUGGAAUAAGGAAAUGUGGCUCUGUUUUUUUUUUUUUUUUUUUGCUUCCUACUAAGUCAGAUUUCUUUACCACGUCCCCAGUUCUGCCUAUGAUUGGCUAGUGGGAAACAGCCUUUUAACCUUCGGACACAAGGAAAGUCCUGACUUUGCAUUUCCAUGCAAAAGAUCCAGGCCUUCCUCCCAUGGCUGGGGAGACAGAGACACAGGCUAUUUCACUGAUUUAAUCUGUCCUGCCCUGCCUGCUACUCUGUCACCUGUCACCUAACUUAUGACUGGUAACAAGAUGUCAGCACUCUGCUGAGGGCUGUGGUGCAUUUUUCAUUUUGUCAUCCAGAGAUACUUGUUCCUGUAUUUCUUCCCAAUUUGUGGAAGAGACAAUUAAAACACAUGGAGUGUAAAUAAUAAUUUUUUUCUCUGGGUCAUUAUGAUAGCUGAGAUGUUUAAGGGAGACCAAAGUAUGCUUCUUAAACCAUAAGAAAACCCUGAUCUUCACUCAAUACAAAUGAGAUUAAGGAGGGAUGAAGAUUGCGCAGCAGAUGUAAUUUACGCUGCUGUUUUGUCUAACGAACGGGUGAGUGGGGUGGGUAUCUUCUGAUUUUGUCCUUACUACAUUACCUUAGACUCAUAUUUCAGAGAAUUUCUUUCUCUUUUCUUUUCUUUCUUUCUUUUUUUUUUUUUUUUUUUUUGCCUCCAGGGACUUGGCGCCUGUACUAUGAAUCCACUGCUCCUGGAGGCUAUUUUUUUCCAUUUUGUUGCCUUGUUGUUUAUUGUUGUUAUUAUUGUUGUUGUUGGCUAGAACAGAGAGAAGUGCAGAGAGGGGGAGAGAAAGACACCUGCAGACCUGCUUCACCGCCUUUGAGGCAACCCUCCCGCUAUAGGUGGUGAGCCGGGGACUCGAACCAGGAUCCUUGUGCGGGUCCUUGUGCUUUGCAUCAUGUGCGCUUAACCCAAUGCGCCUGGGCCCCCUUUCAGAGAAUUUUCUCGUCACCCCCCAUCAUUUCCUUGGCACUUCACCUUCUCCAGUGCCAUUUCCAUCAUGCCUCCUCCCAACUGUUGCAUUGCUGGGAUGUUUCAUGCAGAGGCUGACAUUUCUUGUAUCACAGUACAUAUGGCCCAGUGUGCUUUCUGUUCUGAGCUUUGCUUUUUCACUUGCUACUUGCACAGAGAACUUUCUCAAUCUAUUUUAUACUCUUUCAUUUGAAUGAAUAUUUAUUUAGUCAGUUCCCCAUUCAGGGAAAUGUCUACUGCUUCCCAACAUUUUGCUUUGAUAAAUAAUAUUGUGAUGGAUUUUCUUGUGCGUGUUAUUUUAUUCUAUGGACUUACACCUAUGGGAUAAAUCAUUAGAAACGGUGACUUGUGGAGAGGGUGGCAGGGUGGAUGCGUACAUAAUUAAGACACUUUUCACUGCAUCCUUUUUGUGUCUCUUGGAAUUUUGUAUUAUAUAUACCUAGUCAACAAUAAAUACUGUCAUCUGCUAAAGUGC